AUGUCAGGCUACCAAAAGCUUCUGAGGACCUCGAUCUUGGCGAUGUCGCCCUCCGCCAUCUCGAUCUUCGUGUCUUCAAUUGUUGUUACUUCCACUCUUUCUGAGACUACUAUAGUGUUAAAGCCUACAUUCUGGUCGAAUACCUCUACCGCGGGCUCAUCCACGGAUCAUACACACGCGAUGGAGAGUCCCUCUAUCGCUAGCACAACCAUGCCUUCACUGGAGAGCCAGCAAACAACCACCGGGCCGUUGAACUUGCAGCUGACUUCCUCGACUGCUCUGCCAGGGUCUCCAAAAUGGACAAACGCUACUGCACCUGCGUAUGUCAACACCAGCACUAUCAUUGGGCUUGCAGGCAUGAGCUCUGCGUCUUCAGUGUAUUCCUGGAACGACACAAUAAACAUCGGGUUCAUUCUCUACCGAAUCAGUGGUGCUCUCAUAGAUUUUGGGCUCCAGUACACUUGUUCAACAACCUUCUUCGCCUUCAAGGCCAUCGGGUGUUGGCGACUCCGUAAAUCCACGACACCCUACCCUCCACAAGUUACCAUGACAUCGACGCAGGCUUCAUUCGCUCCUAUCCUCCCCUACACUAUCGGCAGUCAGGUCUUCUCUACAGUGAUCACGUCUCCAUUCGCAGCGCCAACAAUGAUGAUCAUUACGACUGUGGCCCUGAGGCAGACAGCAGUUCUACAGUACCUAUCUGGGGGUGCGAUAGCCACACCUAUUGCGACACACAACUCAAACACACCUGCUAUGCUGACAUUGAACCCCACUAAUUUCGAGAUAUCCUCCGCGUUAACGAUGGCGUCACUGCGGUGGAUGGGCGUGGCGCUAGCUGUGCAAGACUGGAGUCAGAGUAGUAUGGAUCCAGCAAAGCAAAUAGUGGUUGCAGAGGGUUUUAGCAGGUUCAUGGAAGAGAUGGGCUCGCUCAUGGGUCGAACGACUCCAGACGACGAGGAUGACCACGACGAUCACCACAAGAAAGAUGACUCAUGCACACGAUCUAGCAGUGGGCUUCGGUUCAUUGGAAAUGUCCCCAAAACGAUUUCGUGCAUUAUUGGCACGGCGUCAGACAUCAGUCAUGCGUUUAGUAUGUUGAUCAAGGGGGCAAUAGAUAUUCAUACAGCAAUUUCGACAUCUGCUGUCCAGAUGGCGGCUAUACUUGAUGUGAUCAAGUUCAUGGCGGAUCCAGCCUUGAACACACGACUAGUCACUCCACCACUUUCGCCUCCCUCUACCAGCAACGGGUCGCAUGUUACUGAGUCUGCACACGUACCCCCCUCAAUGCCGUUUCUGACGACUCAACCAAACUCCUGGCCUUUGCCGUCGCUAAGUCCAUUGCAAUCGGCCCGCACGCUACUGUCAAACUCCGAAACAUCGACUGAUACUUCCAGGUCCAGCACUUUGGUAUCUUCCAGUGUCUCUAGCACCAUGGCUUGUGCUGUGCCAACUUCAAUUGUCAGCGCCUUUCCAGGGGAAUUGUAUACCAAGAAGCCCUUCUGUCCUCGAUUUCAGCCAUGCGUUGUUUCCUGUACAACGUGCCUCCAAGAAGUCUAUGUAGAGGGUAUGGAAGGAUUUGGGGGAGGUAUGAUCGAUGAAACAUACAACAGGUCGGACACCCUCGUAUCAAUCUUUUUGGCACAGCUCGACCACCCGGAGAGUACUACGGAAGAAGGCAUUAACGCUUUCAUGCGUUCUAAAUUUGCUGAUGCAAAGCAUGCGUGCGAAACGAAUAACGAAGAGCGAGUUUUCGUUCCCCAUGGCCAUACGGGCACGUAGAUUGAGAAAGGCGUUCCGUCUGCUCUAUUUCGCACAUACGACUACGCAAAGAUGGUGUUGGGCUUGGUGAAUCUGUACGAAUGCACGCCCGUGUUGAUCGUGUCAAAAGCUGCAAUAAGGUGGUCCCACUUUUAGGAGCUUCCUGGCUUUCUAGCCUGGUACGAUGAGGAAUCCCCGAGCGAUGGAUUCUACGAUACCCGGGAUGAUCCAUAAGAGAAUGAGGAAGAAGGUAAACGGAGUAUUUUUCGAACCUACGUGCUCGACGUUUCGGAGUCAACGAAGAGCUGCUAUAUGAACGAGGAACCCAAGAGCUUUUUGAGCUUGGCAUGCCACGUCGACAAAGCCUUCGCGGAAGGCGAAGAGCCACGAGUCAUCGUUAUCACCACUAGGUCUUCAGACGGUUCGGAGCUAGCGUACCCGAAU